CGUAUAAAUGUUAAACCGUGAAUUGGUAGUUUAAACAAUUUUAUGUAUUUGUUUAAUACACAGCCCCGUCAAUUACGAAUGUUGUAAUACCACAUUUUAUUUGUGAUUAGACCAAAAAGGUAAUCAUGUGUCAAAAGAUAAUUCAUUUAGGAAACAGUGGCAUUAAUUUGAGAAACUCUUAACGUUUACAGAUGAAGUAAUAUGAUACUGUUGGAUUUUUUGUGAGAAUGAUGCCCUACAAAACUCUCAGGAAACUUGUGUUAACAAUAGCUUUCCUAUUCAUCUUGUACACCAUACACAACAUAGUACUACAGGGAAACAACUUGUAUAUAAAUUCAAGAAGUCGGGAUAUUUGGAUUAACUCCCUUGGAAGGAAUGUUACGCGGAAAUCACAUAACUCAGAUAGCAUAUCACGAUUACUUAUAGAUAGAUUAAAUGAAUCAGAUCACAGACCUAGCCAAAAGUCUGAACAAAAUGAUUAUAUAGGGUCAGAACGAUUUAUAAUUAAUAUUUUAUCAAACAGUUUGCCUAAUAAUGUCUCAGUUUUACAAAAUAAAACGCAUAUAUUUCAUCUACCUAUAAAUAAACUAAACCAAUUACAAAACAUACUUAACGAGACAUAUCUUGAGAAUGAUACAUUAUAUAGUUACAAACCUGGCACAGAAACUGUGUCAGAUCAAGUUAAUAAUACGUUCAGUGACAAACAUACUGUCAGGCAUUUAGAAUUUCAAAAUGAUACUGACGUAGAAAGGAACGAGACUGACGGUAACAGUGAGUCUGAGGAGAUAGAGGAUGAAAACAACGAGUUUGAUAUUACUGACCUUGAUGAUCAUAUUACAUUUCCUGCAAAAAGAACGGAAAAUAAACAGGAGUCACAAGUCAAAACAAUAUCCGGCAGAAAUCAAUUAAAAUGGAAUGGACAGUAUGACAUUAAACUGAAUAACACUCCAGCGUAUCGUCAGCAGAUACAUACUGUUUUUAAACGACCAAUCCAGAAUCCUGCUGGCAUAGAUUGUAAUCAAAUAGUAGAAAAGGGUAAAGAGAAUGAAAUUAUGAAAGCCAAAUACGUAAUGGAAAAGUUUCAAAGGCGUGGUAUUGCCACUGACAAAUACGCUCGAACGAGAGACUGUGAAAAUUUUCGUGGAGGACGCGGGUACAUAGAACAUCCGUUGUCCCAAAUGGAGCUCGAUUUCCCCCUCGCUUUUGGAAUCACAGCAUAUAAAGAUGUAGAGCAAGCAGAACGACUGCUACGGGCUAUUUAUAGACCACAUAACUUUUACUGUUUUCAUUUGGAUUCAAAAAUGCAACAUCUGGACCGCAAAGCAUUUGAAAGCAUUGUGCGAUGUUUUGAUAAUGUGUUCAUCUCAGACAGGUCAGUAAAUGUUACCUGGGGCAAAUAUUCUGUUUUAGAAGCGGAAUUACUCUGCAUGGAAAAACUUUGGCAACAUAAAAAGUGGAUAUACUAUAUAAACCUGACAGGGCAAGAAUUUCCAUUAAAGACCAACCGUGAAAUAGUUGCAAUAUUGGACGCUCUAGAUGGCGCUAAUAUCGUUGAUGGAACGUGGAUAAGAGCUAGACAGAGAUACUUCUACCGCUGGACAAUAGCUGGACAUCCGCCCCCUCAUAAAAUCCGACCAAUCAAAGGCUCCGUACAUGUUGCUGUUAACAGACAUUUUGUAGAUUUUGCUCUUCAUGAUGAAAGGGCUCUUGACUUCCUGGAAUGGUUGAAGAAGACACAGAUUCCGGAUGAAACAUUCUUUGCUUCACUUAAUCAUAAUCCACACUUGGGAAUUAAUGGUUCCUUUUUAGGUGAGGCGGAAGAAUAUCCUCUGAAACCAUCUUUGAUGAGAUAUAAAAACUGGGAGUUUGGUCACGCUGUUUUUGUCAGAGGUUGUGCUGGUAAAUAUGUACGCAAUGUCUGUGUGUUAGGAGUUGGUGAUUUACAGAAAGCUUACAACGAUAUAGGAUUGUUUGUCAAUAAAUUCAACCUGGAUUUCGAGUACUUGGCUUUAGACUGCUUAGAGGAGAUCUUGUAUAAGAAAACGUGGGACCAAUACGUGAAAGAUGUAAAAAUUGAUACUAAUUAUUAUAAACAUUUAGAUUAUGUCAAAAAGAAAUUAUUCGUACCUCCACAAAAUGGAUGAAGAAAAAUUAUCACCGCCUUUUGUGCUUAUGUUUCACGGAAACCAAAACAAAUGAAGUUGAAAAUCAGGCAGUCCAAUGAGUAUGUAUGAUGACACGUGUUGAAAAUAUAGGAAACUAUAAGAGGCUCCAUGACUUGAAAGUCAUAUAAGAAAGAUUGGUAGUAUGUGUUGACAGAGCAUUGGACAAAGCACCUAAGUCCCGUGAGGUAUUACUGAACUAAAUGACAUAGUAUGUGAGUGUGUACAGUUUGGUUGAAUGUUUACAAGCCAUUAAAUGUUCAGUUCAUGGAGAGGUGAACAUGCUAUCCCAGAAAAUGCUAAGUAACAUUUUUGCAUUAUGUUUAUUGUGUUUCUUGUUUAACAAAUGUUAAAAGUUUAUCUGCACAUCAGUUAUUCAUUUAAACGCACACCUGAAACUCAUUUUUACCAAAUUUGUUUAGGUUACAUAUAUUAUCUGAAUUUCUGUGUUCAUUUUUAUUUAUUUUUAUGUAUACAUUGUUGUGCUGUAUUUACAAUUAAUGUUUUAUAAAUGUUUUAACAUUAAAGGUUCAAAGCAAAA